AUGCCCACGUCACCGCUGCGCGGGCUGACAAUAGCGUUCCUCCUUUUGGCAGAGUCUUUUGCGACUUUGAAGCACCUGGAGCCCUUCGACGAGGUGCAUGCCGCUCAAUUGCUGUUGGAAGUGCUGGCGCUGGGCUUGACGGGCACCAUCCUCAAGGAGCGCGAGAAGCGAGAUAGCUCAGACAAUCUCAGCGGCGUUGAGACCAACAAGGAAGUUCAGCGGGCGGUGGCGGAGGUGGUGGAGCACAUCCCCAAGCUUGGGCCGUGGGCGGAGAAGGUGCGGCUGCUGCCCACGCCCAACAGGCAGCAGUGCUUCACCGAGCCCUUCAACGAGCUGCUUCUGUCGUGCGGCCGCGCGCACGCGGUGAAGUUGUCGUUUCGGGUGCUGGAGUGGAUGGAGGCACUGACCAUCCCCAAGAACUCCUUCACCUACGAGGCCAUCGGGGUGAACGUGGUGAAGCGUAUCACCCGGCUGAAGAAGGUGUGGGACUUGCCGCAGGCUCCGGAAGACAACGCUUGCCCGGAGGUGGUCUUUGCUGGCCGCAGUAACGUGGGCAAGUCUUCCCUAGAGUGCCGGGGUCAAUCCACGGAGUCCGCAGCUCGGGUGGUGCUGGUGGACCCUUACUCCACCGGAGCCAUGCUGGCACCCGAGUUGGACCUCCGGGGCUAUGCGGUGAUUGCCCUGUGGACCAAGGAGUGUGGCGAGAACCGGGGCCACCUGCCCCAGGCGGCCGAGGGUUUCCCAGAAAAGUUCCUGGCCGAGGUGGACGAGCAAGACACCCUGGAGGCGACCGCCUUCGCACUGCGCGCGGCAGGUGGCCAGGAGCCGCAGGAGCCGCUGGCGGUGAUUUGUGGGGGCGAGACCGGGGUGAAGAUCGCCGAUGCCUUGUCGGAGCACAUGGGGCUGCGAGGCAACACCACAACCGGUAUGCCGAACCGCCGCGACAAGCAGGUGCAGCAGGACGCCGUGCAGGCCUUCGGCCUGCGGUCGGUGCGCUCGGUGUGCGGGAGGCAGUGGUCGGAGGUGCAGGACUUCGCGGAGACGGAGGUGCUGCCGAUGAUCGUGAAGCCCGUGGAGUCUGCUGGCUCCGAUGGGGUGAAGCUUUGCAACAGCCUGGCAGAGGUGGAGGAGCACUUCCAACUGCUCAUGACGUCUCAACGCAAGUGUGGCGCCCAGGGCGCCGCCGUCUUGUUGCAGGAGUAUCUCAAGGGCACGGAGUACAUCGUGGAUCAUGUCUCCCGCGAUGGCGUGCACAAGACCACCAUGGUCUGGGUCUAUGACCGCCGCCCUGCCAACGGCGCUGGCUUCGUGUGCUUCGGGCAGCAGUGCGUCUUGCCCGACAGCCCGGUAGCCCAGCAACUCAUCGCCUACACUCGCGGCUGUCUGGAUGCCUUGCGCAUCACCGACGGUGCCACCCACACGGAGGUGAUGAUGACCGAGACUGGGCCUUGCCUGGUGGAAGUGAACAGCCGCUGCCACGGCGCGGCGGGUUCUUGGAUGCCCUUGGCGCGUGCCAUGACCGGGUACACCCAGGUGGAUGCGUGCGUGGACGCCUUCCUGGACGCCGAGGCCUUCCAUCGCCUUCCGGAGGUGCCGCCUCCCUUUCAGGCUGCCGGGCAGGUGUCCAUGCUGGUGUCCUACCACGAGGGCCAGGUGGAAGCCACGCAGUUCCAGAAGGUUCGAGAGCUCCAGUCCGUGGUGUUUCUGGAGGAGAACCUUCUUGCCGGUCACCGGGUGGAGAAGACCAUUGAUCUCUUCAGCCUUGUGGGGAUGUGCGUCUUGGUGCACUCCGAUCCUGACGUACUCGCAAACGAUCUCGACAGCAUCCGUCAGAUGGAGCACAAUGGCUCCCUUUUUGUGUUGGCCAACUGA